GCGCCCGCUCGUAUCCUUCCGCGGGGAGAGGAAGUGCUGCUAGACCAAUCACAUCUGUGUUUACACCGUCACCUGUCAAACACCUCUGCUACAUUUCUCUCUGAAAGGAGCUGAAACACACACUCACACUGAAGCGCCUUCGGUAGCCGCUAACUGGACGGACUCUCUGGCAAUCGACCUUUUGCAGUGGAAAAGUGGAAUAAGUCUUGAACCAUGAGCUCAGUGGCUGUGUUGACCCCGGAGAGCUUCGCCGAGCAUCGCAGCGGUCUGAAGGACCAGGAGAUAACAGGUUGCGUCCCGGAGGAUGAGGCCUACAUCCCCACCUAUCUGGAGGCCUUCCCUCCGCUGCCGGAGAAAGGCGCUCCAGGGGAAAAGACCGGGGAGCCGGCUUCGGCUUGGGGGAGCAAGAUCCGUCCCAUCAAGGCCUCCGUUAUCACCCAGGUGUUCCAUGUCCCCCUGGAGGAGCGGCGCUACAAGGACAACAGCCAGUUUGGGGAAGGAGAGGAGGCCAAGGUGUGCCUGGACAUCAUGCAGAGGACAGGAGCGCACAUUGAGCUGUCCCUGGCUAAAGACCAGGGCCUGUCCAUCAUGGUUACCGGCAAACUGGACUCGGUGAUGAAGGCUCGCAAGGAAAUCGUUGCCCGCCUGCAGACGCAGGCGUCUGCGACGGUCGUCAUUCCCAAGGAGCACCACCGCUUCGUCAUCGGCAAGAACGGCGAGAAGCUGCAGGAGCUGGAGCUGAAGACCGCCACCAAGAUCGCUAUUCCACGACCCGACGACCCCAGCGCCAACAUCCGCAUCACCGGCACCAAGGAGGGCAUCGAGAAGGCGCGGCACGAGAUCCUCCUGAUCUCAGCGGAGCAGGACAAGCGCGCGGUGGAGCGGCUCUCCCUGGAGAAGGCCUUCCACCCCUUCAUCGCCGGCGCCCACAACAGGCUGGUGCAGGAACUGAGCCAGGAGACGGGCGCCCGCAUCAGCAUCCCGCCGCCGAGCCUGCCGAAGGACGAGAUCGUCAUCACCGGAGAGAAGGAAGCCGUCGCUCUGGCCGUCAGCCGCAUCCGAGCCAUCUAUGAAGACAAGAAGCGGAAGACCACGACGAUCUCUGUGGAGGUGAAGAAGUCCCAACACAAGUACAUCAUCGGUCCAAAGGGCAACACCCUGCAGGAGAUCCUGGAGGCCACCGGGGUGUCGGUGGAGAUGCCUCCUCUGGACUCCGCCUCAGAGACCAUCAUCCUCAGAGGGGAGCCGGACAAACUGGGACCGGCUCUCACACAGGUCUACGCCAAGGCGAAGAGCGUGAUGGUGAUGGAGGUCAGCGCUCCAGCUUGGCUCCAUCGCUUCAUCAUCGGCAAGAAAGGGCAGAACAUCGGGCGCAUCACGCAGCAGCUGCCGCGGGUUCACAUCGAGUUCACAGACGGCGAGGAGCGGAUCAGUCUGGAGGGCCCGACGGAGGAGGUGGAGCAAGCUCAGGCUCAGAUACAAGAGAUCAUCAAGGACCUGCUGGUGAGGAUGGAUUAUACCGAGGUCAGCAUCGAUCAGCGUUUCCACAGACACCUCAUCGGGAAGAACGGAGCCAACAUCAAUCGGAUCAAGGAGCAGUACAAGGUGUCGGUGAGAAUCCCACAGGACUCCGAGAGAAGCAACCUGGUCCGCAUCGAGGGAGACCCUAAAGGAGUGCAGAUGGCGCGCAGAGAGCUCAUCGAGAUGGUCCAGAGGAUGGAGAACGAGCGCACCAAAGACCUGAUCGUGGAGCAGAAGUUUCAUCGGACAAUCAUCGGGCAGAAGGGGGAAAAGAUCAAGGAAGUUCGGGAUAAGUUUCCUGAGGUCAUCAUCACGUUCCCCGACCCGUCGCAGAAGAGCGACAUCGUCCAGCUGAGAGGGCCGAAGAACGAGGUGGAGAAAUGCGCCAAGUUCCUGCAGAAGAUCAUCGCCGAGCUGAUCGAGAACAGCUUCUCGCUCUCCGUUCCCAUCUUCAAGCAGUUUCACAAAAACAUCAUCGGGAAGGGCGGCGCCAACAUCAAGAAGAUCCGGGAGGAGACCAACACUAAGAUCGACCUGCCGACGGAGAACAGCAACUCAGAGAUGAUCGUCAUCACAGGGAAGAAGAACAACUGUGAGGCGGCCAGAGAUCGAGUCCUCGCCAUCCAGAGAGACCUGGCCAACAUCAAGGAGACAGAAGUCGCCAUCCCAGCCAGGCUGCACAACUCUCUGAUCGGCUCCAAGGGCUGCCUGGUGCGCUCCAUCAUGGAGGACUGCGGGGGCGUCCACAUCCACUUCCCCUCGGAGGGCUCCGGCUCGGACAAGGUCACCAUCCGGGGGCCCGCCGGCGAGGUGGAGAAGGCCAGGAAGCAGCUGCUGCAGCUGGCGGAGGAGAAGCAAGUCAACAACUUCACCGCGGACCUGCAGGCCAAACCGGAGUACCACAAGUUCCUGAUCGGACGGGGCGGGGCCAACAUCCGGCGCGUCAGGGACCGGACGGGGGCCCGCAUCAUCUUCCCGUCGCCCGACGACACGGAGCAGGAGCUGAUCACCAUCGUGGGGAAGGAGGAAGCCGUGCGUCAGGCCCAGAAGGAGCUGGAGAUUCUGGUCAAAAACCUGGACGACGUGGUGGAGGACAGCAUGGAGGUGGAGGUCCGCCACCAUCGGCACUUCGUGUGUCGCAGGGGCCAGGUGCUGCGGGAGCUGGCGGAGGAGUACGGCGGCGUGGCGGUGAGCUUCCCCCGCACAGGGUCCAACAGCCAGAGGGUGACCCUGAAGGGGGCGAAGGACUGCGUGGAGGCGGCGAAGAAGCGCAUCCAGGAGAUCAUCGAGGACCUGGAGUCGCAGGUGAGCGUGGAGGUGGCCAUCCCUCAGCGGCACCACCGCGCCAUCAUGGGGCCCAAAGGCAGCCGCAUCCAGCACAUCACCAGGGAGCACGAGGUCCAAAUCAAGUUCCCCGAGAGAGACGACGGCGCCGCUGCAGGUCAGGACGCCUCGCCGCAGGAGAACGGAGACGUCAGUCCGGAGGCGGAGUUUGUCCCCCGCAAGUGUGACAUCAUCACCAUCUCUGGACGGGCGGAGAAAUGCGAACUGGCCAAAGCGGCCCUGCUGGCGUUGGUGCCCAUCACGGAGGACGUGGAAGUGUCCUACGAGCUGCACCGCUACAUCAUCGGCCAGAAGGGCAGUGGAAUCAGGAAGCUGAUGGAAGAAUACGAGGUGAACAUCUGGGUGCCGCAGCCUGAAAAACAGCUGGACGUGAUCAAGGUGACGGGCCUGGCAGCCAACGUGGAGCGUGCCAAGCUGGGCCUCCUGGAGAGGGUCAAAGAGCUCCAGGCCGAGCAGGAGGACCGGGCCCUGCGCAGUUUCAAGGUCACCAUGUGUGUCGACCCAAAGUUUCAUCCCAAGAUCAUCGGCCGGAAAGGAGCGGUCAUCUCCCAGAUCAGGAAGGACCACGACGUCAGCAUCCAGUUCCCCGACAAAGGAGACGAGCAGCAGGACCUGAUCGUGAUCUCCGGGUACGAGCGGAACGUGGAGGAGGCGCGCCUGGCCAUCCAGCUGCUGGUGUCCGAGUUACAGGAGAUGGUGAGCCAGGACGUCCACCUGGACCCGAGGACUCACGCCCGCAUCAUCGGCGCCCGCGGCAAAGCCAUCCGCAAGCUGAUGGAGGAGUUCAAGGUGGACAUCCGGUUCCCUCAGCCGGGCUCCGACGAGCCCGACAAGGUGACGGUGACGGGCCUUCCUGACACCGUGGACGCAGCCAUAGACCACCUGCUCAAUCUGGAGGAGGAAUAUCUGCUCAGCGUGACGGAGACAGAGACCUUGGCGGCGUACAUGAAGCCUCCGUCUCGCUACGGAGGGGGAGGCGGAGCCGGAGGCCUGGACGACAGCAGCGGGGGUCCUGCUAAGGGCUUUGUGGUGCGGGACGCCCCCUGGAACGCAGCAGGGAACAAGGCUCCUGAUAUGAGCAGCGCCGAGGAUUUCCCCACAUUCGGGAGCGGCGUGGCCCCGAAGCAAACGUCGGCCUGGGGCCCCAAGAAGUUCUGAGGCUCUGAGGGAAAACAGCGAAACUUGUGUACAGUAGAGUACGAGAGACAAAAACCAGUUUCAAGUCAACUUGCUGCUCGCCUUUCCCCCCCCGUCUACCCCUCGUCUCUUUAGCGUCCCCCGUCGUCACGCACCGUUCUCCCACAACCAGCCACAGUGAAUCCUGGGAGAACGAGUCCUGUUUGUCUCUCUCCAUGUAGUCCAUUCCACUCCUCCUGCCUUGAAGACAGAGGGGGAAAAUGCUGUCCUCAUGAUUUUGCUACCCCAGCUCUGCUUCUUCCUGCAACAUUUCACAAACCGUUUUCUUCUUCUUCUCCCUCUAAGACUGCCAAACGCCCCCCCCCCCCCUCCUCUACUCCCCCCCCCACACUGAAGUCCUGUUUCAGUUCCUCAGAGAGCAGAGAGGAGGAACCCUCACACUUCCUAAGCAGGACCUUUCCAGGAAGUUGAGCGCUUUUUCCUCGCGCAACAGCUAAAUCUUGGAUUUUUAAUCUUGAAAUCUAAAGGAAACAAAUUAGUUUUUUUUUUUUUAGCUCGACAGGAAUUUUUAACAAAAGGAAAUAAUGUUUUAAGUUUUUUUUUUUUCCUAAAGUUUCCCAUUUUCUCACUGAUGUGCUGCAGCAGGUGAGGCGUCGGGGGUCUGUGCACCUUCCACUGAGUAGAUUUUCUCAUCAGAAACCAGCAAUGAAAAACAGAAAUCUAGAGGUAAAUAUCAAAAUAAAAAACAAAAAUGCAGGCAUGUAAAAAAAAUGUGUAUAUACGUUUUUGUUUUGUAUUUUAACUUAUACAGCGCCCCCUACAGGGACGCUGUAAAAUAGUCGCAGCUUUUACGCUAAUGCAGAAAUAUAAGUUUUUGGGUUUGUUUGCCAGUGAUUUUGUUUUAUCACCUUUUAUAUGAAAACAAAAUGAAACCAAAAAUUUCAACUUUUGCUGAUCUAUCCAACCACAAAAAAAAGAAC